AUGCCUCAACAUAAAUAUGAACAUAAUUCAUUUAAACAAAUUAGGCAACGACGACCAAUUUAGCGUUAGAAUUCGUGGGUACAUUUUAGUAUACUUUCCAUACUUGGGGUACAUUUAAGUAUACUUAAGAGUACAAGGGGUACAUUUAAGAAGUACCUGAACCAACAACGACCAAUAAAGCCAAUGUUUUGAUAUUUUUAUGCAUUGUUAACCCCCGCCAUAGGUAGAGGGAUAUUGUUUUGGCGUUGUCCGUCCGUCUUUCCGUCCAUCCGUCCGGAGCCAUAUCUUGGAAGUGCUUUUGCAGAUUUCAUUGAAACUUGGUAUGAGUAUAUAUAUGGAUAAAAGGAUGAUGGACGCCAAAUGGCAUUGUAAACCAUCUGAUAAUAACAUAGUUAUGGCCCUUUGUAUCUUGAAAAAAUGCUUUUUUUAGUGUCAAAUAUAACACUUUUGUGUCCAGAAGCAUAUUGGCGGGGGAUAUCAAUGCAACGGAUUUGCUUGUUAUACUUGAUUUCUGUUUCUGACCUGUGAAAAAUUGUUAAAGUUCUUGUCGGAAUACAAUUAUUUGGACUAAGUGCAACUCUUGUGUUACGGGCGUAAUUGCCAAUUGAAUGAAUUCAGGACUUAUCUGUAUAUGAAAUGACAUAUUAAAAUAAAAGCAGCAUGAAAAAACAACAUUAAAAAAUGUAAGGGUUAAGAUGAGUUGAAUUCUAUUGUAUUCUAUUUUUGGUUUGUGUCUUCCUCACAUCUCUGAAGCUCAUGUUGUUUUUUUACCAGCAACUGAUUAUGAGAUGGUUUUGUGAGAUGUCUGUGUUUUUGUUUUUUAGUUCAGGAUGAAGUUCAGCAUGAAACCUCGUCGAAAACAGAGCACAUGAAAAAUCUGAAUCGUCUCAGGGAGAUGGCAACAAAUGCAGCAAGUAGCACCAUUACAAGUGUUUCAGGUAAGGCAGACGUUGAUGCUGAAGUAGUCAGUAGUCAGUGCCACCAUGCUAAUAGCUCCACCACUGAAGAAGCCUGUUUCUCUGCCUCUGAAAAAGCCUGUUUCCCUGCCUCUGAAAAAGCCUGUUUCCCUGCCUCUCAAAAAGCCUGUUUCCCUGCCUCUGAAAAAGCCUGUUUCCCUGCCUCUGAAGAAGCCUGUGCCCCUGCCUCUGAAUGUGCCUGUGCCCCUGCCUCUGAACAAACCUGUGUCUCUACCUCUGAAUAAGCCUGUGUCCCUGCCACUGAAUAAGCUUGUGUCCCUGCCACUGAAUAAUCCUGUGUCCUGGCCACGAAAGAAGCGAGUGUAUGAUCGGUAUUGUGAGAUCUGCCAGGUGGACUACAAUUCGAAGAUAAUGGAGGAGUCACAUUUAAAAGGGAAGAGGCACAUGAAGGAGAUGGGUCAGUUAGAAAAUAAUGCACAGGGGACUAUAUCAAGCCGUACAUCUCAAGUAAACAAGGUCAAAAAGCACAAAAAGAGUCAGUGUAAAGGCCCAAAGCCAGCCAAAAAGAAAUUGCGUACUAGCAAACAACUUGCUGACCAACAAGUAAUAUGACUUUUAAGAUGGAAUAAGUUAAACAUCUUAAGUUCUUUUUCUGUAGCAUGUGUUUUCUAAAUUCUCACUUGUAUGAGUUAUUUUAUUUAAUUUAUUUGUUUCACUUGUAUAAAAUUGUUAUAUAGGCUGCAGAUAUGAACUUAAUUCUCAGUUUUUCGAAGUUAUUUUUUUUCACUUGUAUAAGAUUUUUAUAUAGGUUCCAUAUGUUUACUGAAAUAUAACUGUUCUAUGUUAUGAUUUUGUUUUUCACUUGUAUAUGAUUGUAAUGCUCAAUAUGUUAACUGAAUUCUCGGGUAUCUAAGUUCUUUGUUUAUUUCUUUUCAAUUGUAUAAGAUUGUUAAAUAGGUUACAUUUCUGUAUUGAAUUCUCACUUUCUAAGUCAUUUUUUUUCUCACACUUAUAACAUUGUUACAUUGGUUUCAUUUGUUUUCUUAAUUCCUCACUUUUUAGCUCACCUGAGCACAACGUGCUCAUGGUGAGCUUUUGUGAUCGCCUUUUGUCCGUUGUGCGUUGUGCGGCGUCAACAUUUGCCUUGUUAACUCUCUAGAGGCCACAUUUAUUGUCCAAUCUUCAUGAAAUUUGGUCAGAAGAUUGGUCUCAAUGAUAUCUUGGAUAAGUUCGAAAAUAAUUAUGUUUGCUGGAAAAACAUUCUUCCAAGGGGCGGGGCAUUUUUCCUUAUAUGGCUAUAGUAAAAUCUUGUUAACACUCUAGAGGCCACAUUUAAUGUCCGAUCUUCAUGAAACUUGGUCAGAAGAUUCAUACCGAUAAUAUAUUGGACGAGUUCAAAAAUGAUGCCGGUUGGUUGAAAAACAUGGCUCCCAGGGGGUGGGGCAUUUUUCCUUAUAUGGCUAUAGUAAAACCUUGUUAACACUCUAGAGGCCACAAUUAUUUUCCGAUCUUCAUGAAACUUGGUCAGAAGAUUUGUCCCAAUAAUAUCUUGUUAUCUCAGGUGAGCGACUUUGGGCCUUUCAGGCCCUCUUGAUUUAGUUAUUUAUUUUUUAGAAUAUAUUAUAAAUUUUUACUAUAUAUUUUGAAUACUGGUAUAUGCUGCCUUUGUUUACUGAACUUGCUUUUAUACGUUCUUUCUUUGUUUUCACUUGUAUAAAAUUGUUAAAAGCAUACGUUAACGGAAUUCUCACUUUUCUAUCUUGUUGAUGUUGUUUGCAAAAUAAUGUUAUUUCAUUAUGAACUGUUUUAUACAGGGUAAUUUAUGAUUUAAAGUCUAAUGAAAUAAUGCAUUUUGAAAAGAGGUUUUGGUGAAUUAUCUUCAGUCACCAAAUUGUGUUUUAUAGUUGUAUAGUUUAUACAUGUAUAUAUUUCAGUGUGUUAUAUUUGUAUUUAUCGAUGCAGUGAGCUGUAUUCAGCCAAUGCGUUUUGCUGAUCAAAAAUGUUGCCAUGAUUAGUUGCCACAAAAUUUAUUUACAUGUACAUUGUAUUUUGCUUAAAUUGUAUAGUGAGAGCCCAUGCUAUUUUUUCCUAUUGUAUUGUUAAGACAAUCUCGAAAUUACUUUUGUAUAAUUAUAACUUUUAUCUGCAACUUCCAAAUAAGUUAACAUUCAAUAGUACCGUAAUUAUGUUAUGUAUAGUUCUUUAAUCCUUGACAUUAAAAUGUUUCAAGAUA